AGCCUCUGGCUGCGGCUUUUGGGAGGUGGGAGCGGGCAGAGCGACUCGCAGGUGUGCCCGAGUGCGCUCACAGCACCGUAUUCUUCUGUCUGCCUGCGGUAGCGGGAGCGGCAGCGAAAUGGAUGCUCCUGGUGUGGUUAAUAUUUGUGGUGGGGACGCCUGCCAGUGAGUCCAAGAAAAAAGGCCUGAGCUUUGAGGAGAAGAGAGCUCGCAUGAUGGAGAUCUUUUUUGAAACAAAAGAUGUCUUCCAGUUGAAGGAUCUAGAGAAGAUUGCUCCAAAAGAAAAAGGGAUUACCUCGAUGUCAGUGAAAGAGAUUCUGCAAAGCCUUGUUGAUGAUGGCAUGGUGGACACUGAUAGAAUUGGAACUUCCAAUUAUUUCUGGGCUUUUCCAAGUAAAGCUCUUCAUGCCAGGAAGCGUAAAUUGGAGGAGUUAGAGUCUCAGUUUGCUGAAAGCAGUCAGAAAAAAGAGGCUUUACAAAAAAGCAUUGAGAAAUCAAAAAUUGGACGUGAAGAUACUGCAGAGCGUGCAGCUCUACUGGAAGAACUUGCUACUCUUCGGCAGAGAAAAGAGCAGCUAAAGGCAGAAAUAGACAAAUACAGGGAAUGUGAUCCAGACGUGGUUGAAGAGAUGCGCCAAACAAACCAAGUGGCUAAGGAGGCAGCCAACAGAUGGACUGAUAACAUCUUUUCAAUAAAGUCCUGGGCCAAGCGUAAAUUUGGAUUUGAAGAGAGCAGAAUUGAUAAAGGUUUUGGAAUCCCAGAAGAUUUGGAUUACAUUGAUUAGUGUUCAGUUGAUGACUGACACAGUUGUACAUAGUUUGUUAUAUAUUCACAGCUGCCAUUUCAAUGCGAAUCCUCUCCAAACAGGUGAUCACCAUUUAAUUUGCUGGUUUUGUUAAGGUUAAUAAAAUUCUAAAAAUA